AUGGAGGGUAUGAAGAAGCUUCUGAUGAAAUUGGAAACUGAUCUUGCAGUCACUUCGGACGGGAAUGCAUAUAUUGUUGCAGCGAAUGGCUACUUGAAAGCUGACUUAAAAGAGGAGGCCGACUGGGCAAUUAUUUCCCCUGAACCGCCAGGUCCAUGCCAUGAGAUUAUCAGUUCAAUAAAAUUGACUGUAUUUCCUAAUGGAAGCAAGCACUCCUCAUCCUCCACAGAGCAAACUCGAUCUACAGCCGCAGGCUUAACUCUAGCAAGUUUAGGCAUUCCUCACAGCAUCGGAUAUGCAACUCUGGUGAACCUCGCAUCUCAAUAUGGUCUAUACACAAGCGUGGUUCCGCCUCUGGUUUAUGAUUUAAUGGGAAGCUCAAAAGAGAUAGCUGACUGGCGGGGAGUGGGAGUGUCCUCAGUGUGA